AUGGGCGCAUGCCAUGGCUAUGAAGGCCUCCCACACGGAAGACCACGCCGACAAGAACAUCACCGGCUCCACCCGCCAGCACAUUGUCUCGCGUCUGCACAAGGCCGUCCAGACGGCAAGGAACAUGUCGGCGCUCGUGGCCGAUACGGCAGCCAGUCGUGCAUCUGA